CCCAUCAACCCGCAAUAUCCAAAACCAACGUCAACCUCCCCCACCCCAAGAAAUACCCGCGAUUCCAUUUGUCUUGCUGUUGCUUGUAUUGCGUCAGCCAAUAGGAUUCACUUUCUCUCAGCUCUCUUCCAUGCCCAACUCACUGCCUUCCUGCCUGCCUGCCUCCAUUUUCCUUAUAAAGUGUGCCUCAAUCUUUCUCUUUUCCUUCAUAAUGAUGCAUACAAAAACAAUUAUAGUUUCACCACUCCAUCUGAAUUCCUCUGUUUGACCACCACUGUUAGAUUUUCUACACUCCAUGGCAAUUUCAAUCUCAACCAUUGGAGCUCUUUCCAUUGCACCGAAAGCAGAACAUUCCGUGCAAUUCAACUUAAAUGGGUUUGGACUUGGUGCUGGAGUUUCUUCUUCAAGCUUUCCCUUUUCAUCCAAAAACUUGAAGAAUAAGAAUAAGGGAAAGAGUACACAAUUGAGGAUUUUGUCCAAGAGUUCCAAGCAGGACAGAUGGGAAGGACUUGCCUUGGACACUUCAGAUGACCAGCAAGAUAUUACUAGGGGAAAAGGAAUGGUUGACACUCUCUUCCAAGCUCCUUCAGGCUCUGGGACACACCAUGCUGUCAUGACCUCCUAUGACUAUAUUAGUCUUGGCCUUCGCCAAUUUAAUAUGGACAACAACAUGGAUGGGUUUUACAUUGCUCCAGCUUUCAUGGACAAAGUUGUUGUUCAUAUCACCAAGAACUUUCUCAACCUUCCAAACAUUAAGGUUCCUCUUAUUUUGGGUAUAUGGGGAGGCAAAGGUCAGGGAAAAUCAUUCCAAUGUGAACUUGUCUUUGCCAAAAUGGGGAUCAAUCCCAUUUCAAUGAGUGCUGGAGAAUUAGAAAGUGGAAAUGCAGGGGAGCCUGCAAAAUUAAUCAGACAGAGAUAUAGAGAAGCAGCAGAUAUUAUUAGGAAAGGGAAAAUGUGUUGCCUCUUCAUCAAUGAUCUUGAUGCAGGAGCUGGUAGGCUCAAUGGGACCACCCAAUACACAGUCAAUAAUCAGAUGGUAAAUGCUACACUAAUGAACAUUGCUGAUAACCCCACAAAUGUUCAACUCCCUGGCAUGUACAACAAAGAGGAUAAUCCAAGUGUACCAGUCAUAGUCACCGGGAAUGACUUCUCAACAUUGUAUGCUCCUCUUAUCCGCGAUGGUCGUAUGGAGAAAUUCUACUGGGCACCUACUCGUGAAGAUUGUAUUGGAGUCUGCUCUGGUAUUUUCCGAACUGAUAAUAUUCCCAAUGAGGACAUUGUCAAGCUUGUUGAUACCUUCCCAGGGCAGUCCAUUGACUUCUUUGGAGCCCUGAGGGCCAGAGUUUAUGAUGAUCAAGUUAGGAAGUGGAUCUCCAAAGUUGGAGUAGAACACAUUGGGAAAAAACUUGUGAACUCAAAGGAAGGACCCCCAACUUUUAAGCAACCAAAUAUGACACUUGGGCAGCUACUUAAGUAUGGUAAUAUGCUUGUACAAGAACAAGAGAAUGUGAAGAGAGUCCAAUUGGCUGAAAAGUACUUGAAAGAGGCAGCUUUUGGAGAAGCCAAUGAGGUUUCCGCAAAAAAAUACUAAAAAAUUUCUCUUAAAUUUGAUCCUGAGUCCUUGAUGAGAGGAGCUAAAUCUAGCUUUAAAAUAGUAAAAGAAAAACACAGAUUUAAGUGUAAGAAAUACAGAAAAAUAAUUGGAAACUGUAAUAAAUUAGAACAAAACAUGGAGAAGACAUGAAAAUAAUGCAGUAAACAAAUGUUUCCUUGCUUGAAAAACCAAUUUUCGAUUCGUGUCUUUUACAACCAUAUCCAAUUGAGGACUAAGCAAAAAAGUUUUAAUUUGAAAUACAAUUUUCCUCAAGAACUUUUUUAAGCACAAAGGAGGCAUUUAGGUUCUUGAGAUUGUUCUAGUGGGAAAAAGAAGACAAGAAGUUAACCUUAUUGUCCUAGAGAAGGCUGCAGCGAUACUUAUCCGCAAAAAAGAACAGUUGCAUAGCGAGGAGACGAUGGCAACUGCCUAUUUGUGAAUGUAACAUAAACAAAAUAUAAAGACAACACAAUUGAUUGAUCUUCUGGAAACUA